UCGUUGUAGCACUAGUGUACGGAAGUCGUACGUGUAGGAUAGGGAUGAAAUCAAAAGUCGGUCAUCCUGCUUUCGAGUGGUGCCAUUUACUGUUGUAUUUGAUCGCUUCCUGUAUUUCUUUCACAUUUGUCGUUCCGAUGGCAAUAUCUGGCGGAGCUGUCGACAGUAUUGACAAUGUACCAUAUAUAGUAUCGCUAAACAUCAGAAAGGUGGGUCGAAAAGGUCAUUUCUGUGGCGGAUCCAUUAUAUCACCGUCAUGGGUCCUCACAGCGGCCCACUGCAUGAGACGUGUGCAACCCGGAGAGUUUGUUGUUCGUGCCGGAUCGUCGUACAUGAACCGAGGUGGACAGAUUCGGAAUGCGAGUCGUGUUAUCGCUCAUGAGCUAUACGACGGCGACGUCCGUAAAGAUUACGAUUUCGCUCUGAUACAACUGGAUAGGCCGUUCGACAUUGGGAACACCGUCCAAUCGGUGGCUUUAAUCGGCAUUCCGCAAGGUAAACUGGCAAAACUGGACGGAGUAAUGUGCAUUACUGCUGGUUGGGGAAUAACAGAGUUUUCCAACAAAACCAUGAGUCGUUUACGAAGUACUCCGAUUCCAGUGGCGCCUAGAACAAAAUGUCAAAAAUCCUUUCCUACGACUGAAGUCACGGUAACGAUGUUGUGCGUCGGAGGAAAGGGACCAAAUUCCUGUUCUGGGGACUCUGGAGGGCCGUUGGUGUGCAAAAAGAAACUUGUUGGAGUUGUUUCUUGGGGACGUGGUGGAAAAGGUGCUUGUGGAGGAAAGAAUUCGGAGUACGGAGUUUAUGGGAAUAUCCAAUCAGCGAGAAAUUGGAUUCGUGUACAUUCUGGUAUCUGA